GCCGGGCUCCAUCAGGCACUCAGGGCUGUAGGUGGGCCCUAGUAGAAAUUGCCGGAGCCUUGGGGGCGAGGACCGUAUCUUCCCCCCGUUCAGUUCCGCAGUCAUCUAAGAACACUGCCAUUUCCCAACAGAAGAGCCAAGAAAAGGAUAGAAUGGCUCUUGACCUUAAAACCAUGUACCAGGAGUUGGUGACCUUUGGGGAUGUGGCUGUAGACUUCUCCCAAGAGGAGUGGGAUUGUCUAAAUUCUUCUCAAAGGCAUCUGUACAGUAAUGUGAUGUUGGAGAACUACAGGAUCUUGGUAUCACUGGGACUUUGUUUCUCUAAGCCAAGUGUGAUAUUAUUGUUGGAACAAGGAAAAGAGCCCUGGAUGGUGAAGAAAGAGCUGGCAAAAGACUUGUGCUCAGGUGGGUGAAGAAUUAGGCAAACAAAACCUUUGCAGGGUACAGCUCUGUUUGUGUCACCCCAUCACUUUUCCUUGUUGGCAUGUUCUCAGAAGCUCAGGGCCUUUUAGGGUGUUCUCCCAAUUUAUUAUUCAUAACUGUCUCUCCUUUAACAUUUUGCCCCCUUCUUUCUAAUAACUCACUUAUCUAUUCUCUGAAUACAGUUUCUUCCCAGUUUCAUAAGCCUCUCUCAGUCUUUUAAAAAAACAUUUUCCUAAUCUGAUAAACUUUUAAGCUGGACAGAUAGCUGUAACUGAUGUACCAGGUUGAAAUCCUGACACAUGCAGGAAAAUUGGGGAAAGUUACUAACCUCUCUGUGCUUUUGUUUCAUCAUAUGUAAAAUGGGGUAACACUUUAAAAUUCUUUGAACAGUUCCUACCUCAUAUUAUGAACUCAAUAGAUGUUAGCUACUGCUGCUACUAGUAGUAUACCUCUAAAUGCCUAAUUUUUUUCUUAAUGGUCAGUUUAUUUUCCCUUUAAUCAACAUAUUUUGAAAUUGUACUUUAAACAAGGUACUGGCAAGAUACUAGGGUGUUAUACACUUAUAUAAAUAAAUAAUUAGUAGGCUAGUUAUGAUAUAGCUAUAAAUGGAAUAUCUGGAGAGAAAGCUGACAUAAAUGGGAAACUCACAGAAAAAGGUGAGAGGCAGAGGAAUCUGGGUAACUGGAAGAUGAUGAUCUUAAGCAAAAACACAGGUCAGAAGCUAGAAAACAUGCACAUACUAUGAGUUUAUCUUUGUGGCAUAGGAAGGAUUUUCAUACAGAUAGGAAGCAUUAAGAUAAAAUGGAAAACUGAAGUUCAGAAAAGAAACAGGGUCUUUAUAAACAUCUCUGUCAAUAUCACUCCCCACUCAACUAUCACUACUUCUUCCCAUGUUUUAUAUAUAUCCUUGUUCAGUUUUCUGAGAAAAAAAAUUUGAUGUAGAAUCAUAGUAUUAAAUAUAUAUUAUUUUAAAUUAAUUAUUAUUAAAUAACUCUCACACACAUAAAUAUAUAUUAGCAUGCAUGUGUAGUUUAAAUAGUAUUAGAACAAAAAACCCAUAAACCUACUUCUUAGUGUAAGAAAUAGAAAUUGUCAGUGCCAUUUGAGGCCCUUAAAGGCCUCUGCCCAAUGAUAUACCACUUCAUGGUUCAUUCUCACCCCUCAUUGGAGAACCAAUUUUGCUUAUAAUUUAUUGGCUUUUCUUUAUAGUUGUAUCAUAUAUCCCUAUUUUCAACUUUUUAUGCACAGAAUUGUGUAUGUAAUUCUGACUUUUUAAAACUCAAAAUUGUAUUACUGAGAUUCAUCCAUGCUGAUUUUAGUUUCUGUGGUUCAUGGAAUAUUUUUUUCUUCUGAAAUGUAAUGUAUUCCACUGUGUAAACGACACUUUAUAUCCAUUUAAGGUCAUUGGAAUUGUUUCAGUUUUAUGUUAGUGCUAUGAAUCUUAGUAAAUCUGAC